CCCUCAGCGCUGCGCGAGACCCGUAUGUCAGCCCCCUCGCGCCUCCCGCGCUUCCACAAUCAUUUCCCGCCAAUGAUCAGGAGGUGUCCGCAACAGCGCUUCCUCACCUCACACCCCCGUCAGCCACACGCAGCGCGACACACACACACACACACACACACACCGGGAGGAGCCGUCUACCCUCCGUCACCCAUACCCGCCCCUGAGGACGGUGCGUCGUUGGCGGCGUCAAUAUUAUUUAUUAUUCCCGUUAGUCUCGGUAUUUAGCGCCGCAGCUGCUCACGGUGAUCGUUAAAACGGACGCGUCUCGUUGUUUUGAGCCGCGUGUUUUUUCUUGUAACGGGGAUUAUUGAGGCGGCAUCAGCGCGCGGUGAUGCUCUCCGUUAAAGGAUCGUGAAGCGUCGCGAGUCUAAAGGACCAUUGCCGUGGAUGGUUUGGCGUUUGUGCGUGUUUGUUUUGCUCUGAUGGCGAACAUGAGCAGUAGUGUGUGCAUGGAAACCCCACACACUCAUGGCCACGCCCACGGCCACACCCACAACUACAACCCCACCCCUGGGCGGGACUUUCCUCUGCAGAUUGACUCGUGCAUGAACCCCGUGUUGGACUACAGCGCGCAGAUGGAGCGCUACCGCUCAUUCGCCACCUUCUAUAAGAACAGCACAGCUGCCGCGGCCGCAGCUGCCGCUACCCCAUUUCCCCAGACUGCCAAAAUCGCCCGAAUUGCCACACCCCUCUUCCCCUCGGCACGCCUAUCGGCAAUGCCGCCCUGGCCCUGCGACAACGCAAUGCUAUGGGGGCGAAAGCCCACCGCGGUUAAUGUAAACGGACCUCACACACAUCGGACUGGUAUGUCGAGGGCGGAGCAGGUGAAUGUGCAUAUGUCCGCCAAACACAUUCCACAAGACUCCGCCCUCCAGAUGGGCGCUGACAACUUCCUGUCGCCGCUAGCCGCGGAGCAAUGCCGCGGUCUCCCCGUAACGGGCGCCGAGUGCAUGAACCGACUGAAGUGCCCGUCAUCUGUGCCGCCUAGCGGAGCCGGAGAGACGGACCGUGGCGGGACAUUCGGAGGGAUGCCCCCAUUGGGGGGUCUGUCGCUGCCACCGGGGGUCAUUGUCAUGACGACGCUUCACUCUGGUGCAGGGUCGUCAGGGGUCACGAUGUCAGACAGUGCGUUUCAGAUUGCCAACGUGGCGGCGGACUGCCAGCACAGCGGCUCGUCCUGCUCCGGUUCGCCCGCCGCUCUUAACGGAAACGUCAACGGCAGCUGCAGCAGCAACGGUAGCGGAGCGGCUAAGCGCAAGCGUAAGCGCUGCGGCGUGUGCGCCCCCUGCAGGAGGCUCAUUAACUGCGGCGUGUGCAGCUCCUGUCGAAACAGAAAGACGGGUCAUCAGAUCUGCAAGUUCAGAAAGUGUGAAGAACUGAAGAAGAAACCCGGCAGCACGAUGGAGGUGGGAUUCUCACACGCACUCACACAUAUGCAGGGAGCUCUGCUGAAGUGGGCUGUUUGAUUGGCUGCGGGUUUGGAGUAGAGCCCAGUCUUGGCACGAGCGACCGUAGUUAACCAUCAGGCAUUAAUGUCUGUGUGUGUGUGUGUGUGUGUUAGCUGAUGGCUUGAGUCCUCUUAAGCUGGAAAAAUGCCCUUACACUCAAGCACACACUUUAUCUCUCUCUCACACACAGUCAGUAUUGAAGGCGGAGAGAUGAGGCAACAUGUUGUAAGUUCUCUGUAAUAAUACAAAGACAGCUUAAUCUAUUCACAACCUGUUAACACCACUCACCAGAAUCAAAAUCAAGACCAGUGUAGAAGUGACUUUCAAACCAAGCAUCUUUCCCACUGGAAUGACGUGAUAGUUCACAGAACAAUGGUAAAUGUGAACGCACCUGUACACGGGAAGAUUUUAAAGGCCUGUUCGCGCCAGUUAUGUUAACUACAUUAGCAGACAACAUUUUAUGUUUAGUCUAAGUCUGCAUUGCAGUUUUGUCUUCUGCUGCUUUACAUACUCGUGCUCUUUAAAGUCAGAUGGAUUGUUCUGAAAUAUUCUGAAAGUGAUUCCAACAUUAUCAUUUCUGUGUGUAGAUAUAGUUGUGGUGCAUCCUUCAUUAUUCUCAUUAUAGUUAUCAUCUUUGGUGCGGACAGGCUUUAAGAGUUUGUUUGGACUCUCCCCGGCACUGCAUUUGUGAUGUUUCAGUACAUUUAAAGAAAAAAAUCCAAGAUGUGCAGUGUUAGGGAGGGUCCAGAAACAUUAAUGCAUUUGGCAGACGCUUUUAUUCAAAACAACUUACACUGAAUGCAAGAUGUACAUUUUUAUCAGUUCACACAUUCCCUGGUUUCUGAACCCAAAACCCCAAAUUGGUAACUCCAUGCUCGAAUGUUUGAGCUACAGAAACACCUUAGUAGCAAGUAAACUAGAUUUCCAAGACAUCUACACAUAGUUCAGAGUAAUAUCCAAUCAAUGCAAAAAAUGUGAAAAAACACAUUUACUAGUUUACGUGCUACUUUUUUCCCCAACAAAACUCAUGUUGUUCAAUCCUCUCACACUUUUAUCAAAUCCAGUGACUAAAAGAUUCAUAAUUACAUUCAUGCAUGAACCAGACGCUUUUGAUCCAAAGAGAAACAAAAGCAAUUCUUCAACGAGCCAACAGUAAUCGUUGCAUAAAGUCUCAGCUAACGGAAACACGGUUGCGAGGGCCUUUGCAUACAGAUGGUCGGCUUCGUCUGUUGUUUCCGUUUUCCCAAUUUAAUUCUUAUUUGUGAUGAAUCAAUUUUUGAACCAUUGCAUCUUAUUGUGGAGAUGGUUCACACCAAAUGGCACAUCAUUUCUGUGAUUAACUGGGCCAUUAAAUCCAGUUUAACUGGAAUCUAUCCAGCAUUCCCACUGUCUCCUGUGUCUUCCCUCAGAGAGCACCGUCAGCCGGAGCCGCAGACACCUUCCGCUGGUUCUUCUGAAGAACCCGCCACCAAUCCACGUCACAAAACCGGACUCGAACACUAGAAGAUCAGAUCACCGCCCUCCUCUCUCUCUAGCCCUUCCCCUCAGGACAGCACUGAAGAGACGUCGAGGGCAAGUCUCUGGGUCUCAGACCGACCCCACCUCAACCAAACACUAACUGACGUAGAGAAACAGAGACUUCAGUCGUAUCAGGACCCCAUCCGAGCUUAAAGGAAUAGUUCACCUGAAAGCCAACAUACAGUUGUCAUUUACUCACCCUCAUGUCGUUUAUCAAUCACUCGCUUUCUUCAGAAGACAAAAGGAGGUUGUAAUGAAGCAAAUGAGGUCCGUCAAACUCUAAACUCACAAAACAAAUUGCAUAAAAGCUGUCCAUAUAAGAUUAAUGCACUAGGUUUUCUGAAGUCGGUUUUCUGUUGGGAAAAGAUUUGUCACAAACCAUCAACUUUAGAAGACAUCAUGGAUCAGUUCCCUUUUUAUUUGAUUGAAAGAAACAACCAUGUUAUACUUUUUAAAAUGCAUUUUUUUCCACAAUAGAAAGUCUAUAUGAUUGAUGCACUACGAGUUCUCAAGUCAUGAUCGUUUUGUGUUGGGAAAAGACUAGAAAUCAGAUCAGAAACGAUCAUUUUUGCUCUUCCUUCAUUUGAUUGAAUCAGGAUAUUAUUGAAAAGUUCACCUUGCUCCACAGAAAGAAGUCCAUACGAUUGAUGCACUAUAUUUUAGGUUCUCUGAAGCCAGUUUUGAGUUGCAAAAAGACUCUUUUUCUUCCUUUCAGGACCAAACAACCAUUUUACAUCCCCUUUCAUUUGAUCAACCAGGAUAUUCUUUAAAAAUCCACUGUGUUUUACAGAAGAAAGAAAGCCAGAGGUUAUAAAAGCAAGUGCAUACGAUUGAUAUUCCAGGUUCCCUGAUAUCAGUUUUGUUGAGAAAAUAAUGAAAGAUUUUCAACCAUUUGACCUCCUCUUUCGUUUGAUUGAAAGGAAAACCCAGGAUAUUAUUGAAAAAACUAUCCUUGUUCCACAGAAGAACGUAAGUCAUAAAGGUUUGGGGCGAGCAAAUGACGACAGAAAAGGUGAAUCUCUGAGCGAACGACUCCUUUAGACCUCCUUUCUGUUGCAUGGGUAGAAAAGUGUUUUGUUUCUAACUGAAGACUUUAAGAAGAUCUUUGUUUAUUGCUGUUGUGACGCCUCACUGUCUUGAUGAGUAAGAGACUCUUAGGAUGGCUUGUUGAUUAAAUGUGAUCCUUUUUGAACUGUG